CACAUCAUCUUCAUCGUCAAUAUAUAUAUAUAUAUAUAUAUUGGUAGAAAUAAAAGAGAAGAUAGCCCAAUUUUUUCAGCAUCUUAUAGAUUUAACGCUGACUGAAAAAAAAAAUAAUACAACUUGGUAAUUGAUUGUAAUAAAAUUCGAGGAGAAUUAAUUAGUAAUGUCACUGUCAAGAAAGAAGCUUCUUUUAAUGGGCCGGUCAGGUUCAGGAAAAUCAUCAAUGAGAUCUAUCAUUUUUUCCAACUAUUCUGCAUUUGAUACUAGAAGAUUAGGGGCUACAAUUGAUGUUGAACAUUCACACCUUCGUUUUCUUGGUAAUAUGACCCUUAAUUUAUGGGAUUGUGGUGGACAAGAUGUGUUUAUGGAUAAUUAUUUCACCACUCAAAAGGAUCAUAUUUUUAAAAUGGUUCAAGUUCUCAUACAUGUUUUCGAUGUAGAGUCGAAACUGAUCAAUAAAGAUAUUGAAAUAUUUGUAAAAUCAUUGACAAAUUUAGCUAAAUUCAGUCCAGGAGCUAAAAUUUUUAUCUUAUUACAUAAAAUGGAUUUAGUUCAAAUUGAUAAAAGAGAAGAAUUAUUUAAUAUUAUGAUGGAUAAAUUACAAAAGAUCUCAAAUCCUUAUCAAUUUAAACUAAUUGGUUUCCCAACUUCAAUUUGGGAUGAAUCAUUAUACAAAGCAUGGUCUCAAAUUGUUUGUUCAUUAAUUCCAAAUAUGAAUUUAUUUAAUAGUAAUCUUGUUAAAUUUAACAACAUUUUGGAUGCUGAAGAAAUCAUUUUAUUUGAAAAGACCACAUUUUUAGUAAUAUCUUCAACCUCGUCGAUUCUUCAACAACAACUGCAACAACAACAACUGCAAAAUACUACCAAUAAUGAUGAUUCAGUCGUUAAUUUAGAUCCAAAAAGAUUUGAGAAAAUAUCAAACAUCAUUAAAACUUAUAAACAAUCUAUUUCAAAACUCCGGACAAAUUUCCUGAAUCUUAUUAUUCGUGGUGGUAAUGGUACCCAUUUCUAUAUUGAUAUUCUUACUGAUAACAUGUUUAUUAUGAUUGUUCUUAGAGAUAAAGAUGAAGGAGGUAAUUUCGUGAAUACACACGAAGAAUUAAUUGUUCUUGAAAACAUUAAGGCUGCAAGAAAAUGGUUCGAAUCUAUAGAAAAUGGUAAUUAAUAUCAAACAGUAUUACUACUAAUAGUAUAAUUAUAUAUGUUGGGAAAGAUUGAAUAUGUCAGAAAGGUGAUUGAUAAUCAGGGAAUAAUAGUUAAAUUUGAAAUAGUUGAAUGAAAG